UUAUUUGCAUCGCUAGCCUUAGCCGCCUACAUCUUCUUUGUGAUAACGCUUGAAAUUGCCGGAGAAUCCCUAGGAACAGGUCAACCAGACACAGCCAGCGUUUUAAAUACAAUCUAUGGGUUCCAAAAUAGAUACACUGUAUACGUGGGGCUAGCAGUAUCUUUCCUAUGGUUUAUCUCCUGCAUUGUUCUGUUCGCUGGAAUUUGUGUCAAAAAUCGCUGGUGUCUCGUCCCGUGGCUUGUCUUCACCAUUCUAGCCACGUUGUAUCUGAUUGCUGUUCUCGUCCUCGUCCUCGUAUAUGGGGUCGUGCUGCUCUACACAUUCUGGCUCUUCUGGGUUAUUGUAGGAGUACUUUUCCUUAUAAUAGUGUUUGACGCACCGAUCAUUAUGCUCAAUCCUUUCGUUCAAAAAUGCCAUUCUGCCAUUGUUUCUUCAGAUCUAUGCUCUUAUUUGCGUGGGGUUCUAUUUCCGUGA